AGUCCUCGCGCCAAGCUCGAGCAGCCUAUUAGGUUUUAUGGAGAUCUAUAGAUGACAAGACCUACACGCUGCGGGUUGCUCUCAGCAUCUACUGGGAUCUUUAAUGUGGAAUAUGGCGAGAGAGUUGAGGAGAGCUCAUCUCCUCGCACUAGUUUUCACCUUUUCAAUAACACUUUUCAGGGAAACAAAUGGACAAGAAACAGGUUUUAGUUUGAGUCCUCCGUAUUUCAACCUCGCUCAGGGGGCGAGUAUCUCUGCUACAGCAACCUGCGGCCAGGAUGAGGCUGGGGCACCGAGAUAUGAUUUAUACUGUAAACUAGUCGGAGGACCGACCGACGGAGUCCUUACUCAGAAUAUACAGGGUCAAUUCUGUGACUACUGCAAUGCGGUGGACCCGAGCAAAGCCCAUCCUGUGACCAGUGCUAUCGAUGGGACGGAGCGGUGGUGGCAGAGCCCUCCUCUCUCCAGGGGAAUGGUUUACAAUGAGGUGGAUGUUACCCUGGACCUUGGACAGCUCUUCCAUGUGGCGUAUGUCCUCAUCAAGUUUGCUAAUUCCCCUCGUCCUGACCUCUGGGUGUUGGAGCGCUCCAUAGAUAACGGGAGGACCUUCACACCCUGGCAGUAUUUUGCACAUUCAAAGCGCGAGUGUAUUGAAAGGUUUGGAAAGCAGCCCAAUGUUCGUGUACUCAACGAUGACGACCAGCUCUGCACAACGGAGUACUCACGGAUUGUACCCUUGGAAAAUGGAGAGAUUGUGGUGUCUCUGGUCAACGGUCGGCCAGGGUCCAAAAACUUCACAUACUCACCUGUGCUGAGAGACUUCACGAAGGCCACUAACAUCCGCCUGCGCUUCCUCCGCACAACCACCCUGCUGGGCCACCUGAUCUCCAAGGCCCAGAGAGAUCCCACCGUCACCCGCAGGUACUACUACAGUAUAAAGGACAUCAGCAUUGGUGGACGCUGUGUCUGUCAUGGUCAUGCACAGGUGUGUGGUGGGGGGCGUGAUCAGGAUAACCCAAACAGACUCCAGUGUGAGUGUCAACACAACACCUGUGGGGAGUCAUGUGACCGCUGCUGCCCCGGCUUCAACCAAAAGCCAUGGCGUGCCGCGACUGUUGACAGCCCCAAUGACUGUCAACGCUGCCAGUGUUUCUCCCAUGCCUUUGACUGUUAUUACGACCCAGAGGUGGAAAAGAGGGGAGCAAGUUUAGACACCUUCGGCAGGUACGAUGGAGGAGGAGUGUGCAUCAACUGCCAGCACAACACUGACGGAGUGAACUGUGAGCAAUGUGUUGAAGGUUUCUACAGACCUUAUGGAGUUCCCCCUGAGUCUCCCACUGGGUGCAUACCCUGCAGGUGUGAUGCGAGGAAUACGGCUGGCUGUGAAAUGGGGUCUGGAAGGUGUCUCUGUAAGCCAGAGUUUGCUGGACAAAACUGCGACCUGUGUGCCGAUGGAUACUAUUACUACCCUCAGUGCAUUCGUUAUCCUGUAUAUGAGACGACCACCAAAUCCCCCGCAGGACCUAUUGUGGGACCCGUUGCCUGCCCUCAGGGUUAUUUCGGCCCACCCAACUGUCAGCAGUGUGUAUGUGACUACAGAGGGACCGUGUAUGGUGUGUGUGAUGCUUUGGGUCGCUGCCUGUGCCGGCAGGGUGUGGAGGGAGAGCGAUGUGACCGCUGUCGACCAGGAUACCACUCCUUCCCAAACUGCCAGGUGUGUCUCUGUGAUGGCGCUGGUGUUUCUGACAUUGUGUGCAGUCCGAGUGGCCUGUGUGUUUGCCUUCCCAACUAUGGGGGACAGAAUUGUGACGAAUGUGCCCCAGGUUACUAUGGAUACCCAGACUGUGCUGCGUGCCGAUGUUCACAGGAAGGCUCAUACAGCAACAUAUGCAACCAAGUAUCGGGUCAGUGCCUGUGUCUCCCAGGGGUGGUGGGUCAGCAGUGUGACCGCUGUGCUUCUGGACUCAGGUUCCCCCAGUGCUCAGCCCCCAUCAGCUCUUGUAACCUCGUAGGAACUGAGGGUGCUGAUCCUCAAACGGGCUCCUGCCGCUGCAGACCACACGUAGAGGGAGAUCUGUGUGACAGGUGUAAACCUCGCUACUGGAAUCUGGCUGCAGACAACCCUCGUGGCUGUUUAGAGUGUCAGUGUGAUCUGAAAGGGACCAUGAGUGGUGUUGGAGAGUGUGAACAGAAAAGUGGACGGUGUCACUGUAAGCCAAAUGCGUGUGGACAUGCAUGUGACUCCUGUAAGGAUGGAUACUUCCAGUUGCAGAAAAAGAAGUAUUUUGGUUGUCAAGGUUGUCAGUGUGAUGUAGGUGGCGCAGUCGGCAUGGCCUGCGAUGAGAUGUCAGGACAAUGUUGGUGUCGGAAGAACGUAGUGGGCCUUAAAUGCACUGAGCCAGCCCCACGCUUCUAUUUCCCCGACCUGCACCAACUGAAGUAUGAGGUUGAGGAUGGUACCACGCCAAAUGCCAGACCGGUGCGUUUUGGUUAUAACCCCCAAGAGUUUCCAGAUUUCAGCUGGAGAGGUUACGCUGUUAUGUCUCCUGCACAAAGUGAGGUCAGAAUAACCGUGCAUGUUGACCCUAAAGAUGGGGCGCAGCACUUAUUCCGCGUGGUUCUGCGGUUCACUAAUCCAAGCAGCACCAGUGUGACAGGUAGCAUCAACGCUACCAAUAACAGAGGCGCGGCAGGGUCGGAGCAGAGUAAGGAAGUCAUAUUCCCUGAGAGUCCUUCCCCAUCCUUCCUCACUGUCCCAGGAGAAGGUUUCGCUGAGCCCUUUGCGCUGACCCCUGGGAAAUGGAUCUUUCACAUCAGGGCGGAGGGGGUUCUACUUGACUAUUUAGUGCUGCUGCCUCAGGAUUACUACGAGGCACCUUUACUGCAGGAAAAGAUCACCGAGCCUUGCACAUACAUACCCUCUGCAAACAAGGAAACAAACUGUCUGUUGUAUAAACAUGUUGCCAUGGACGGCCUCAGCUCCGCACUGGGCUCACAGGGAAUACUCUCCAGCCGCAGCGGGCGCAGGAGGAGGCAGGCUCGAGUGCGCCGUCCCACUCCAGAACACCCUGAGAUGGCCGCUCUCAACGGCAGACAGUCGCAGCUUCAACUGAGUCUACGUGUGCCUCGUCCUGGCCCAUACGUCCUCGUCCUGGAGUACGCCAGCGAGGUGGACACCGUACAGAAUGUCAACAUACUGAUCAGUGGGCAGUCAGGAGGCCAGAUACCGGCAAGAGCUAAUAUUUACAGCUGUGCCUACAGCUUUUUGUGCCGGAGUGUGGCCGUGGACAGCAACAGUCAGGUGACAACACUUCAGCUCACGCACAAGACAGAGGUUCUUCUGCAAACUUCCACAACGUCAUUCCUGCUGUAUAAAGUGUAUGCAGUUCCUGCUGAAGAAUUCUCCAUGGAGUAUGUGGACCCUAAGGUGCUGUGUGUUUCCACUCAUGGCCGCUUCACUGAAGACAGUCGCUACUGCAUUCCAAGUCAGUUCGACAAGCCGACCUCAGCCUUCAUUUCGUAUGCUGCCCACGAUGGACAGCUUUCUCCUGCUGUUUCUCCCCAACGAGGAGAGAAUGAGGACUGGAGAAGGAGACGACAGACGGGGACAUCCCCUGUCCGCGGACCUCAGAGUGACGGGAUACUACUAAAAUUCCCGCAGACUGAGAUCAAUUUCACUCCUAAGGUGCCCCUUCCUGGCAGGUAUGUGGUCGUGGUCCAUUAUCACCAGCCUGAACACACCUCCUUCCCCGUGGAAGUGCGAGUGGACGUAGGGCGUGAGUGGAAGGGGUCAGUAAAUGCAUCGUUCUGCCCCAUGCUCUCUGGCUGCAGGGAGGUCGUGAUCGCUGAUGGUCUUAUUGCCUUUGACUUUGAGCAGAGUUCUUGGCGGCAGCCCACCAUCUCUUUGAGCGUACCACAGAGGAAGACACUUACUCUGGAUUAUAUCUUGUUGGUUCCUGAUAGCGGUUACACCCCGGAUCUCCUGAAGGAGAAGCCGCGCGAUAAAUCUGAAGAAUUCAUUCAGCAAUGCAGAGGAGAGGGUUUCUAUAUUGACCCCAGAACUUCUCCACAGUUCUGCAGAGAUUCGGCCCGCUCUCUUGUUGCAGCCUAUAAUAAUGGAGCUCUGCCCUGUGACUGUGACCAGUCUGGCUCCACUGGGACCACUUGUGACCCCGUUGGAGGACAGUGUCCCUGCAGGCAGCAUGUUAUUGGUCGACAGUGCACAAAGUGUGCCACAGGAUACUUUGGCUUCCCCUACUGCAGACCGUGUGAGUGUGGGCGCCGGCUGUGUGACGAGGUUACGGGUCGUUGUAUCUGCCCUCCUCAGACAGUCAAACCAGCCUGUGAUGUGUGCCAGACUCAGACUUUCAGCUAUCACCCUCAGCUGGGCUGCGAGGGCUGCGAAUGCUCUCCAAACGGCAUCAAGCCCAGCGCAGGGCCCGACUGUGACCGCAUCACCGGACAGUGCAGUUGCAAGCCUCGGAUUGGGGGCCGGCAGUGUGAUCGCUGUGCUCCAGGUUAUUAUCGCUUUCCUGACUGCAUACCCUGCAACUGUAACAAAGGUGGUGUCACAGCUGACGUGUGCCACCCAGACACAGGGAGGUGUCUCUGCAAGAAAAAUGUUGCUGGCAUCAGGUGUGAUACCUGUCGGGAAGGUUCCUUCUUUUUUUACCCCUCCAACCCUCACGGCUGUACCAAAUGCUUCUGCUUUGGUGCGACUGACCGGUGUCAGAGCUCCAGCAAACGCAGGGGGAAGUUUGUUGAGAUGCAGGGCUGGAGUUUGGAAAAACCCAACCAGGAGGAGGUUCCCACAGUACUGAACAAGGCCAGUAACACUGUGGUGGCAGACGUGCAGGAGCUCCCUCCCACAGUUCAAACUCUACACUGGGUGGCACCAGCGCCCUACCUGGGAGACAGGGUUUCAUCUUAUGGUGGUUUCCUCACCUACCAGUCCAAGACUUUUGGGAUUCCCAGUGAGGGGAUGACUCUCAUAGACAGACGACCAGAUGUGGUGCUGAAUGGUCAGAAUAUGACUCUGAUCCACAUGGUUCCACAAGUCUUACUACCUGACCGGCUGUAUCAGGGCAGAGUCCAGCUCUUAGAGGGAAACUGGCGCCAUGCUAUCACCAACCGGCCCGUCUCCAGAGAGGAGCUGAUGAUGGUCCUAGGCGGUCUGGUCGGCCUGAGGAUCCGAGCAUUGUAUUUUACUCAGAGCCAGAGACUCAGCUUAGGGGAAGUUGGCCUGGAGGAGGCAACUCACUCGGGGACUGGUGGUCCCGGAAACACUGUGGAACAUUGUUCCUGCCCCCCUCAUCACACCGGAGACUCGUGUGAAAGAUGUUCUCCUGGAUACUACAGAGACAGCAGUGGACUAUUCCUGGGCCGCUGUGUGCCCUGCGAUUGCAACGGUUUGGCUGAUGAGUGUGAAGACAAGACAGGGAGGUGUCUGAACUGUCAGUUCAACACAGCCGGGGACCGAUGUGAACGCUGCAAAGACGGUUAUUAUGGAAACGCGGCUCAGAGGACAUGCAGAGUUUGCCCAUGCCCAUUCAGUGUGUCCACAAACAGUUUUGCAGAAGGUUGCAGAGACGUGUUUGGGGACAUCCAGUGUGUUUGCAGAUCGGGCUACACUGGAGCUAGGUGUGAGAAGUGUGCACCUGGUCACUUUGGUGAUCCUCUGACGCCAGGAGGAAGUUGUCAACCCUGUAAAUGCAGGGGCAAUGGUAACAACUGUGAUUCCAGGACUGGAGUGUGCAAGAACACCCUGGAACCGGGAGACACUAACCCAAAUGAGAACUGCCAAGAGUGUGAUAAUUGUGCCCAGACUUUGCUAAAUGAUCUGGAGAAGCUGGAUGAUGAGCUGAUAAGGAUCAAGGCUAAGUUGGCGAAUACCAGUGCCAAUGCUUCCUGGUUGAAGAAGCUGGAAAAGGCCAUUGCAGAUACCAAGAUUCUUGUCAACAAAUUCAGCUCCACCAUAGAUUCUGAGAAAACCAAAGUCAACCAGCUGGAAGUGGACACUGCCACCCUCUCAGAUGACAUCAGCUCCCUCAAAAGCAAGGCAGAUAUAAAAACCUCUGAUGCUGACAAGGCAGUGACAGAGGUUGAGAAAACCCACAAGAGGGCUAAAGAUCUGGACUCAGAAAUUAAAAACAUGCUCAAGAAAAUCAAAGGUCUUUUGGACCAAAUGAAGGAUAACACCAGACCUGGUCCAGUGUCUAAUGAAAACUUGAAAGAAGCUGAGCGCAUGGUGAACGAGAUGGAGAAUAGGGACUUCACCCCUCAGAAGAGAGAUGCAGAAAAAGAAAGAGAUGAGGCCAAGAAAUUGCUGGAUUACUUAAAGGCCAAUGUGAGCAAGCAGUGCGACCAGAACGAGGCUGCAGCAGAGAAGAUUCGGGGCCUUAUGAAGGGUUACAAGGACAAGCUGAAGGACCUUGAUGAGGCGCUACAAGAGGCGUCAGACUUUGUGAAAAAGGCCAACAACCAGAACGGACUCAACGCUCAGGCACUCAAAGAUAUUCAGAAACGUAUUGAGGACUUAAAAGAGGAGAGGAAGACUGUUGAGGACCAAAUGAACAUGGCAGGAGAUGAGCUGCAGAAAACAGAGGACUUGGUGAACAUACUGUCAGACAGCAAAACGGAGUAUGAACAGCUGGCAGCACAGCUGGAUGGUGCCAAGACAGACCUGACAAAGAAAGUGAAUGACAUUGUCAAAGCAGCAGCUCAGGAGGACAUCGUAGUGAAGGCUGAGGAUCAUGCGAAGAAUCUGAACAAAGUGGCAAAGGAACUUGAAGAUACUGUCAAGGAAGCAAGCGGGCGUACUGAAGUGCGUAACGCCAAAGACGCUAUCAACGCCUACAAGGACAUCACAGACGCCAUUAACACCGCUGAGACUGCAGCCAAUGAGGCCAAAAGUGCCGCAGACAAUGCCUUGGAUAAUGUUAAUAACCAGAAGCUAACAGAGAGAGCCAAAACACUGAAAAAGGACGGUGAUGACCUGCAGCAGAAUGCCAAGGAGUCAGAAAAGGACCUCAACGAUUCUAAGGGUGACCUCGCUGACCUGAAGAAGCGCCUCGACAACGCCAACAAGAAGAAGAAAGGUCUUGAGAAAGUUCUGCAGGAUGCUGACAACAAAAUGAAAGACAUCAGGAGUGAUGACAUUUCUGAGAUGAUUGAUGAAGCCAAGAGGAAAGCAGCUGCAGCCAACAACACAGCCAGCGACACUAUAGACAGACUGAACGAUAUCAAAAAGGAAAUUGAAAAUAUCAAUGUCAAUGCUGGUCUUCCCAACCUCGACGGUGUGUUGAAUGAAACGGAAAAGUCAGUGCAGGACUUGUUGAAAACCAUCCCAUCUCUUAACGAUAAGAUCUCAGAGGUGGAGGGUCUGACCUCUCAGUUCUUACCGAUUGCCAACAUAACUGAGAACAUCAAGAAGAUCAAAGAACUCAUUGAACAAGCCAGAGAUGCAGCUAACAGGAUUACCAUACCGAUGAAGUUCACUGGAACUGGCCAUGUGGAGCUUCGUUCGCCAAAGAACGUGGACGAUCUGAAGGCCUACACCGCCCUGUCCCUGUCCCUGCAGACACCAGAAGGCAGAGGAGACGGGAGUCGCAGACGCAGACAGACCAGUGACAAAGGAAACAUGUUUGUGAUGUACCUUGGCAGCAGAGAUUCUUCUAAGGGCUACAUUGGGUUGGUUCUGCGGGGCAACGUGCUGUACGGAGUCUACAAGCUCAACGGAGUAGAGUAUGAGAUGAAAUCAGUUUUCAUCACCAAGUCUGCAUCUGAGACAGCCAAGUUCGACAGAGUGGACCUACAAAGAAUUUACCAAGAUGUUAAGUUAACGGCAACCAAAGACAUCACCUCAAAUAAACCUGGUUCACCGGUUGAGACCAGCAAUCAAGGAGAUGAGAAACAGAACCUGUUGAACCUCACUCCCAGCGACGUCGUUUUCUACAUUGGAGGUUAUCCUGAUGACUUCACUCCGCCAUCCUCUCUCAAAUACCCCAAGUACCAAGGCUGCAUUGAGAUCAACUACUUCAACGAAAAAAUCGUCAGUCUCUAUAACUUCCAGAAGGCAGAGAAUAUCAAUCUACAGCUACCAUGCAAGAGAUAUGUACCCCCCACGAAUGCUGACUACUAUGAAGGCACCGGAUACAGCAAAGGAAUCAUUGAGAAAAUGCCUUCUGUCCUCGUCUUCUCUUUAUCCAUCAAUACUCGAUCAGAGAAUGGUCUGCUCUUAUACGUAGGAAGUGGGGAUAAAUACUAUACCGUGAGCAUGGAGAUGGGUGCCAUUGUUGUACGCAGUAGUUUGCUCACAGCACCAGCGACAGCACGCGUCAAGACAUUCCCGACAAAUGACUGGGAAAGCACCCAAAUUAUCCAGAAUAAUCUAAAAUUAAUCGUCAAAAUGGCGGGCCAGACUAUCGACGCCACAGUUCCGUUCAGCAACAGCGAAGUUAAAGAAUACUACUUUGGCGGAGCCCCACAAGACACGAGAGAACGACAUCAGAUCACCAUGCAGCCGUUUAAAGGAUGCAUGAAGAAUAUGAAGCAGAACAACGACAUUAUCGUGUUUGCUGAGCAUGUUGGCGUCGGCAAAAGAUGUCCAACGGAUACCAUGGUCACACGUAAAGCAGAGUUCAGCGUGGGGAGCUCCCUGUCAUCUGACCUCACAGGAUUCAAUCUGGCUAAUGAUAUCACCCUGUCCCUCGGCUUCAAGAGCUCUGAGAGUCAGGGUCUCAUCCUGCAGGACAAACAACUGGGUAAUGGCAUCCGUCUCUCUUUGGUCGACGGCCAUGUGGUUCUCGUUUUCAUCGACAAGAUGUUGAAAUCAAACAAACAAUAUCAAGACAACCAGUGGCAUUAUAUAACUGUAACCAGAAGAGAAGGAAGGAUUGCGAUGAUUAUUGACAACGCAGAUGAGGGUAAAGAGCAGAGCAGCAGCGAUACCAUUCCUGACACAAAAGGCAUCGUGUUCCUGGGAAAAGACACGUUCAAGGGAUGUGUUUCCAACCUUUACACAAGGAGACAAGAAAAUCUGUACAUGCCCGAGGAUUUCAGCUCCUUUAAGUCCUCUGGAGAUGUCUUGCUGGACGUUUGCUCUGCUGACAGUCCUGCUCAACUGAUGCUGAAACCCACUUCUAGAAAGGAAGGUGUGAUGCAGGUGAUGAAUGAAAGUCUAUCAGAGUGUCCAUCUCCAGCCCUGGUUCAACAUGCUUAUCGCUUGGGUGGUCCUGUUAGCAGCCUGAGCUAUAGUCUUCCCCUACAAGUCCUGCAGCCCAGGCCUCAUUUCUCUCUGGAUAUCAGGACUCGGUCUACUGAAGGCCUGCUGUUUUUGGCUGCUACCAGAGGAGGGCGUUCUCACAUUGCUGUAUACAUAUCAAAAGGAAGGAUCAGAUUAUCUGUCGGCAAACAGAAGGAGAUCUUCAACAGGGAGAAGUACAACGAUGGAAAGUGGCACUCGGUUAUAUUCAGUUUGGAUAAGAAGAAGUUUCGGUUGGUAGUGGAUGGGAUCAGGGCUCAGGAUGGUCAGUUGACAAAUGCUGAGUUGACUUCUAUGCAGCAGUUUGUGUCACCUGUGUACCUGGGCAGUGCUCCAGAGAUUCUUCACAAAGAGCUGAAGUCCAAGGCCCUUCCCAAGCAGAGUGUGUCUGGCUGUAUCCGGGGUUUUAAAAUGAAUGGAGCACCGAUGUUAAAUCCCACCACAAACCACGGUGCUGGUCCCUGCUUUGAGGGUCAGACACAGAGAGGAGCGUACUUCUCAGGAAAUGGAGCACAUGUGGUCAUCAAUGAUUCCUUCGUCGUAGGUUCCAGCUUUGAGCUUCUGUUUAAUAUUCGUCCACGGAUUCCCACUGGACUCCUGCUGCAUGUUGGUGAUUCCAGCGGGACCCAAUAUGGACCCACGAUGGGUCACUAUCUCACUGUGUACAUGCUCAGAGGAGAGGUAGUGGCACGAGCCAACAAUGGUAAAGGGGAAUUCAUGGUGUCGGUGAAGCCAAAAGCUUCCUUAUGUGAUGGAAUAUUUCAUAAGAUUUCAGUGAUCAAGAGGAAAAAUGUUGUGCAGCUGCAUGUGGACACAAUAGACAAUUACAAGAUUGGUCCACCAUCUUCCACCACAGCUUUGACCAAAGACUCCUUGUAUGUGGGUGGAAUUCCUGAGAUGUCAGUGCACCAGACACUUCCUGUCACGUCAUCCUUUGUCGGAUGCAUCCAGGACCUGAGGAUCAACAGCCAGCCAGUCUCUUUGGACCGGCUUUCCGGUGUGUUUGGUCCAGUCAACCUCAAAGAGUGUCCCGGCUGAAGGAGUGUAUCUCACACCGCAUCAGCAUCAUACAACGAAACCUGGGACCAUGUCCAGUGCCAACCAUGUGCAAUCUGUUACCAAGACAGAGAAUGUGUUUGUUUGUAAGAAUGUAUAUAUUAUGAGAAGUGUGUGCAGGUAUGUUUGUUUGUCCGUGUGUGUGUGUGUGUGUGUGUGUGUGUGAGUCUGUUCGUAAAAAGAUCUGAACAGAAGAUUACAGGUUCAUAGUAUUUUCUGUAUUUAUUUUGAGAUAAAUCAUGUAUCAUGGCACAGAUUGACAAAUGCAUAUUCUCUCAGUUGUUUUACAGUCAGAUGUGUUGGUUCAUUCAAUUCAAAUGCUACUGAAUAUGCUUGUGAUUGGUCAAGGCUGCAGCGUGAGCAACCCAGCACUUUAAGAAAAACCAAUGAUGCCUUUGUGAUGGUGCUUUCAUGGAAAUCAACAUUAAUAGUUUAUUUUUGUGUAAGUUUAUACCAUAUUUUCUAUGUUUACAUCCCCGGUGCUUAUCUCCGUGACAUUUCAGGGGCUGUGUAGCUACUGCAGUUUAAUAUCCAAAUGCCGGCCUGUUGAAUUUUGCUAUUAAACUGGUCUAUUAGAUAUGGAGGUUUAACGUUUGCAUUCCUUUUUUUGCAUUAAUAAUUUCUGUGUAGCGUAAGUGCCAGUUGCUUCAGAAAAUAGCAUGUAAUCAAAUUUUGUGGAGCAUUGUUGAGUUAAACAAUUCCAAAUAGAUGCCAUUAGUUUAAGUCCUGCAAUUCAUGUUUGGGACCAUUAAACAACAUUAUUAUAAAGUUGAAUGAAAUAUCGCUUAAAGGUGUGUUUGGUGUAUUGAAUUUCCCCCAGAGAGUGUUUACGUUUCUGAUUUGUACAUUUGUGGAAACAUUGGUAAUAUGAGAAAAAAUAUGCAUGAUGAUUGGACAUUCUUUUACAUGCAUUCCUGUCUUGUGACCACUGAUUUGUAAUCCAUUUUGUAUUCUGUUGAAUUCAUGUGCUUUAUGAAAUACUUCUCCGGGGCCAUAAGUAGGUCUUCAAAAAUGUCUUUUAUCCUGUGUUCAUGCUGACAAAUUAUUGUAUGGAUGAAAAAUGCAUUUUUACAAAAAUCUAGGGUUAAUGUUGAAUUAUAUUCAGCCGUAUGUAUUGAAUUUGAUUAAAGACCAGAAAAAUAUAA